CAUUGUUUGAAAAUGGCGGUGUAUGAAGUGUACAAUCACCCAGAAGUGCGAAGAUAUAGAACAAAUGUCUGCUCCAGAGCUACAUACGUACAGUUAAUUACAACAUUAUUGACAUUCUUGCCACCGCUAUUUAUAGGAUAUGGAAGUCAAGGUUUUUGGCAGAAGAGCGACACCUACCAAGAGCAGCCAGAUGUCCACUUCAAGCACCAGGUUUUAAUGGUCCUGGAGACAGCCCAGGAGUCUUCCUACAUUGCAUGGAGCACAUAUCAGAACUUUAAUCGGAUGCAGCAGGCUCAUCUCAGGGUUCCCAUUGUAAAAUCUCGAGAGGAGGACUCCAACAGAGAUGGACUAUAUGACACCCUCUAUCUGACAGUACAAGUUCCUCUACUGGACACAGAACAUAUACAUGGGGUCAAAUUGCUGCUGAUAUUUGACUAUAAACUUAAUAUACUGUCAUCAUUUCAAAUGGAAAGUAUGGCCUAUAUACAGCAUGACUCGCCAAGAUCUGGGGCUGAACUCAAAGUAAUUGGUGACCUGCGGCUAGUUCAGAAAGACUUGCUGUUACAUAGAGGAGUUGAUAAUAGGUUUAAUUCUCCUGUAAUUGAUGAUACAAGUAUUUAUGCUGAUGCCUAUGACUUGGCCAAUAUAUUUAGCAGUUAUUCAUCGAGAAAUGUGACCACAGUGCUGGACAGCUCUUACCCUGUGUGGACAACUGGACGAGGGACUGGACAGCCAUUUGUUAUCACGGCCACCAUCAGGUAUCCAAGGGAAACAUUGUUCUAUAUUCCUGGCUUCUGGCAGCUGAUCAAGUGGGCGUGGGUGCAGUACGUGGCCAUACUGAUCAUAUUUGUGGCCGCCUUUGACAGGAUAAAGACAUUCAUUUUUCAGAAUCAGUUGGUUCCUACAAUAGUGGACAGACCUUUCAAAUUAAACAGAUCAUGAUGAUGUACUAACAUUUUAUUUAUUUGUAUCGAUUCAUUUUACUAAAAUAUUUAUGUCAGCUUGUAAUUUUUUAAGUCAGUUGAUGUAAGCUAAUUUUGUACUUGUCGUAACCGGUAAGCUACACAGUUCAAACUUCUUUUAAAAGAUAGUUGUUUUAAUUGCCACUUAGCAAUCCUUUUUGCAAUAAGGCACUUAAAAAAACAUCGAAGUGAUAUAUUAAUAAGUAAAUGAAACAGGUUGAAAUUUGAUUGAAUAAAGUUAUAAUAAUUCCUUGUGCUUACCUUUAUUUACUAUUAUUACUUUGAUGAUAAUAUUGUCUUUAACACAAUGCUGUGUAAAAUAGUAGGGUUUUUGAAUAGACUUUUCUUUUUUUUAAAUUGGGAUUUUUUUUCAUUGCUGGAAUUUUUUUCAUUGCUAUCAGUUAGAUAUGUACUCCCUGUACAUUCAUGUGCAUUUUAGAAUAUUAACAUCUCUGACUGAUUGUGGAGAUAUAAUGUAGUGAUUUUCCAUAUAUUUAAACAUUUCUUGUAGGACAAAUCUAAAAACGAAUUCAUAAUAGACGUAUAUAUUUGUCCAGUUAAUGAUCUCAAGAUUUUUAAUUAAAAUGUCUUCUAUUUAAAUGAUGUAUAUAUUUGUAUCAUUUGUAUUAUAUGUUAAUAUUGUUAAGUGCUUUUACUAUUGUAAAAUAAUGUAAUAAAAAGAACCAUCUUAA